CUUCCUUUUCUCCUCUCACCCGGCGUACCAUUUCAUCGAAAACCUCUCUUUCUCUCUCUACACUUUCUCUCUCCACCACUUCCCGUCUUCUUCGUCGAUCACUGCCAUCGUCGCAAGCUGGAAUUCCUCCCCGGAGGGAGAUUCAAUCGUUGAUGCGUUAGGGUUUCGCUCUCGAGCUGCCGCUCGGAUCCGAUCGCAGGAUCUCAUCUCCGCCGGCCGGCGCUUCUCGCGUCUCAAUCUGGUCUCGUGGUUCUGAGGUCGCGUUCCCGGAGCCGCUCGCUUUCAUGUUCUGCUUCGAGUCCGGAUUUUCACCUCAUCUUGUUUAACAGAUCUUGAAAAUUGGCGCCCCAAAGACGGUCCCAGCGCCACGUGGGUGGCCAGAUGCAGCAGAGCAAUGCUGCGGCUGCUCUGUACGAUGGGCCGCUGCACAACACCGGCCCACCGAGCGAUACCGGAGAUGCAGUCAUGGCACGGUGGCUGCAAUCUGCCGGGUUGCAGCAUCUGGCCUCGCCUUUGGCUUCUACUGGAAUCGACCAGCGGCUCCUGCCCAAUUUGCUCAUGCAGGGUUAUGGGGCACAAUCUGCGGAAGAAAAACAGAGGCUCUUUAAAUUGAUGAGAAAUCUCAAUUUCAAUGGUGAAUCUGGUUCUGAGACAUAUACACCCACAGCGCAAACUUCUGGAGGUGCUGGUGCACAAGAUGGAUUUUACUCACCGGAGUUUAGGAGUGAUUUUGGGGCUGGACUUUUGGAUCUUCAUGCUAUGGAUGAUACAGAGCUUCUAUCAGAGCAUGUCAUUGAUGAGCCAUUUGAACCUUCGCCAUUUAUCACUGGGGGGCCUAGAGCAUUUGAUAGUGACUUCAAUCUGCUGUCCAGCAAGCCGCAGAGAGGACAAACGGAUGUAGAUACAUCAGUUCAGUUACCUAUAACUGAGAAGGAGAACAACACAAAGGAAACUAAUGUUGCUAAGAUUAAAGUUGUGGUUCGCAAGAGACCACUGAACAAGAAGGAAAUUUCUCGGAAGGAGGAUGACAUAGUGACCGUGUAUGAUAAUGCCUAUCUGGCCGUCCAUGAACCUAAACUAAAGGUCGACUUAACUGCAUACGUGGAGAAGCAUGAGUUCUGUUUUGAUGCUGUACUCGAUGAGCAUGUCACAAAUGACGAGGUUUAUCGGGUCACCGUGGAGCCAAUUAUUCCAACCAUUUUUCAGAGAACAAAGGCUACUUGUUUUGCAUAUGGUCAGACAGGUAGUGGUAAGACAUUUACGAUGCAACCAUUGCCUCUUAGAGCAGCAGAAGACCUUGUCAGAUACUUACAUCAGCCUGUGUACCGCAAUCAGCGAUUUAAAUUGUGGCUUAGCUACUUCGAAAUAUAUGGAGGAAAGCUAUUUGAUCUUCUUAGUGAUAGAAAAAAACUGUGUAUGAGGGAAGAUGGCCGUCAGCAAGUUUGUAUUGUUGGGCUGCAAGAAUUUGAAGUUUCUGAUGUUCAAAUAGUCAAAGAAUACAUUGAGAGAGGGAAUGCUGCAAGAAGCACGGGCUCUACUGGUGCCAAUGAGGAGUCCUCCAGGUCACAUGCUAUCUUGCAACUUGCAGUGAAGAAGCAUACUGAAGUAAAAGAAUCAAAGAGAAAUACUGAUGGCAAUGAGUCCAGAAGUGGGAAAGUUGUGGGGAAGAUCUCUUUUAUUGAUCUUGCUGGUAGUGAAAGAGGUGCUGACACCACUGACAAUGAUCGGCAAACAAGGAUUGAGGGAGCAGAGAUUAACAAGAGCCUCUUGGCUCUUAAAGAGUGCAUUCGUGCUUUGGAUAAUGAUCAGAUCCAUAUUCCAUUUCGAGGAAGCAAACUGACAGAAGUGUUGAGGGACUCUUUUGUUGGCAAUUCAAGGACUGUCAUGAUCUCUUGCAUUUCUCCCAAUGCUGGCUCCUGUGAGCAUACUCUUAACACUCUUCGAUAUGCUGACCGUGUCAAAAGUCUUUCCAAAAGUGGGAAUGCGAGAAAGGACCAGGGAGGAAGCAAUAAAGAUACUUUAUCAGCGUCAGUUUCGGCAACUUCGCCUGACAUAGAUCCUGUGUCCGAUCUGGUUGAAGAGGUGAAAGGAGUUGAUAUUGGUAGCAGAAGGGCUGUUGAGAAAGAUAAUAUGUCUUAUAGCUCUGCUUCCGACUAUGAUAAGCCCAUGUCAACAUUACCAUCAAGCUAUCCUUCCAAUGGAAGGUUAGAAAGUGUUGGUGCAGCAUCUGUCUCAAUGGAUAGGGAGAGAUUUGAGGCGAAAAGUAGUUAUGGCAGCUCAACUAGUGUGAAAUUGAACACGUCCUCUUAUUCCCAAAACUCAGUUGACAUAGAAGAGAAGGUGCAAAAGGUGUCACCGCCUCGUAGAAAAGGGGUUAGGGAUGAGAAGCCAGAGAAGCCUGGGAGCUGGAUGAAGAAAGAUGGUGGCAGCUCAGAUCUAUCCACCUCAAGUGUCCAGCAACAGAAUGCGGGAAAUUAUAGUAAUCCUAGCGGUGCAGGACCCAGACAGUAUGAGUCUGAGCUUACAGAUGGGGAUUUCAAUGAAAUACUCGAGGAGGAAGAGGCUCUGAUUACCGCUCACAGGAAAGAAAUUGAGGACACCAUGGAGAUUGUUCGCGAGGAAAUGAAGUUGUUGGCAGAGGUGGACCAACCAGGGAGCCUUAUCGACAACUAUGUUACCCAGUUGAGCUUUGUGCUCUCCCGCAAGGCAGCAAGUCUGGUGAGCCUUCAAGCUCGUCUUGCGAGGUUCCAGCACCGACUUAAAGAGCAGGAGAUUCUCAGUCGGAAGAGGGUCCCUCGUUAAAUUGGUUUGUCUCACGGAGCAUUGCAACCCAUUCUUGUACAAGAGCUUGAAGUUGGGUCUAAAAGAUGGAUUUGCUGGGGGAGCAGAAGCAUUGGCAGUGGAGAUAUUUCGAUACUCCGGCUUGGCCGGUGAAAAUUCUUUGACGAUGUUAAAGCGGGAGGGUUGUCUUGGUAGGGGAAUUUGUAUUUGGUAAGGGAAUCUCCGUUUGUGUUCUUUGCUGAUGGUUGAAGAAAAUAUUACAUGUGAGAUUUGGGGGGGUGGGUUGGUAAGGCUGCUCCUUUUCAUUUGUCUGUCAUGAAUGAUUGUAAUUCCAUUCCGGUCCGGAGGACACCUAAAAAUUUCAGUAAGAAGGAAGGUGAAAAAGAAUCGUAUAAGUAGAUAUAUUUCUCUCUC